AUGUGGUGCCGGGUAGGCGGCGUGACUGUCGCCCCUACUCCUGCCCCUGCCGAGCAUGAUGACAGCCUCUGGGAUACCAUCAGCGGGGAUCCCGACUUCUCCAAGCUGACGGCGUGCCUGGAGGUGGCUGGCCCUUCCGUGAUGGACCUGCUGAAGGCAUCGCCUGGUUCGGCGGCGACCGCGCAGCCGCUGACGCUCUUUGCGCCCACAGACCUGGCGUUCGAGCAGCCCGCCUGGAGAAUAUAUAGUGGCGGCGGCGGCGGCGGCGGCAACGGGGAGGCCGACCACAACGGCACAAUAUUUGACGACAGGUGCCGAGAUGAGCAGUCGGCGACCGCCCUGGUGAGCUACCACGUGUCCACGAUGGCCUCCGCUACCCCUUACAUCGGCACAAUAUGGAAAACCUUGUGUUCGGACCCGUCGUUCUCCCUGCUCGCGGCCGCGCUGAACUCUACGAGCCUGGCAGCCACUCUGGACGCGAACGGCGGCGGGGCGGGGGCUAUGGCGUACACCCUCUUCGCCCCCGACGACGACGCCAUAAAAGCCUCCCCGGAGUUUCCGCAAGAUGACCCCAAAGCUUUGGAGGUGCUGCUGUCGUUCCACACGCUCGCGGCCGGGGUCUACCCGCUGUCCCUGAGCGGGGCCCACUUCUCGCAGCAGCUGUACAAGGUCGAUCCCACCUCGGGAUCCCUGUCGCGUGACUACUACCGCGAGUUCUAUGCCGAUUCCUUCGAAGACGGGCAGUUCACCUCGCUGGCGGGGCCGCUCCUGAACGUCUCCAGGGCGUCCUCGUCUCAAUCUUCUUCUUCUCCGUCGUGCCUAGCGUCGCAACAGCGGCAGCAAGAAGACCCUUUGCUACACCAACCACCACCACCACCACCACCACCACCACCAGAGCUGCGACCGCCGGUUCACUCCGCGUUGUCGUUGCUGGUGGAAGGAGUUCCGGUGUCGGAGGCCGACAUCACGGCAACCAACGGGGUCGUCCACCGCCUUUCCGCCGCCGUCAUGGCCCCACCCGACACCGUGGCGGGAGUGCUGCUGAACCCCCCCUUCCCGCUCUCCGCCGCCGGGGGACGAGGCGGGAGCGGCGGCCCGGGGAGCGGGUUUGGGGCUAUGGGGGAGCUGGUGCGGUUGGCGUGGCCGCUCGUGAACACGACGCUUACGGAGGAGGGGCCUCUGACUGUCCUUGCCCCGACGGACGCUGCUUUUGACAUCGCGAUCGCCGCCGGAGACCUCCCCCCCCGGCCUUGGUACGAGGUUAACUCAACAUCGUCGUCGUCUUCGUCGCCAUCGGAGGUGUACGUCGACGGGGCAAGGGUGUUUCAGUGCGUCGAUGGCACCGGGGUGGGUCAUGACUGCGGCACGUCGCCGCGGCCCAGCAACACCUACGCCCUCAACGGCGCACACCUCUGCGCCGUACACGCCGUCGACAGAGUGAUGUUCCCCGCGGACCCUUCGACGGACUUGGCGGCGAUCCUGGACGGCACGCCGUCCCUCUCGCGGUUCGCGGCGCUUCUGCGAGAGCACGGCCUCCUGGCCCCGCCUUCUCCUUCUUCGCCCUCCUCCUCCUCCUUUUUCUCCGCCGCCGCUGCCGGCGCUCGUCCGGCGACGUUGACGCUUGGCGAUUCGGAGGUGGUUGUCGGUGGGAGCCAGAAGCAGAAGGAUAAACGAGGAGGAGGAGGAGGAGGAGGAGGACGAGGAGGACGAGGAAGAGGAGGCCACCGCGUGUCGGAGGGAAGCCGGGCGCCGUUCUUGACGGUGUUCGCGCCGACGAACGCCGCGCUGGCACGCCUGGAGAGGGAGCGGCCUUGGUUGUUCCGGAACUCGACGGCGGCGGCGGCGGCGGUUGUAGGUGACGCAGGUGGUAAGGAAGCCGCCGGGGAGAGGGGGGUAGGGGACGCCGAUGAUUGGUCCCCGGUCCGAGAGCUGCUGGCGUAUCACCUUGUCCCUGGGGCAGCAUUGUUCUCGAGGUAUUUCAACGAAUCUUCGCCACCGACACGGACUCUGGCCCUUGGCGGGACCGCCCCUGUGGCCGCCACCUUCAUCACCGCCCCAGCUUCUAGCGCUUACGGCAGGCCUCCGUCUAGAGCGGCAACAGUGGGGGGGGCGGGAGAAGGGUGGGUGUCCGGAACGAGCACGAACGGCACCGGUGGUACCCUCCGCGUGAACCUCCAGACGUGCUCCUCGACGGAUAGGCCGGCGUCGGACGGAGUCCUGCACGUGCUCGCCUUUGAUGACGGCAACAACACGAGAGGGGCCUAUGACGUCUAUGGCCGCAGCGGUGGCGCCGGCUCCGGGGGGAGCGCGGCCGGCGUCCUCGUCCCGGACGUCCUCGAGCUGACCUACGCGUACGGCUUUCGCGCCACGUACGAGGCGAUAGUUGCGACGGCCGCUGCUGAGGCUGACGGCCUCGCCGUCGGCAAUUCGGCGGCAGUGGCCGACGCGCUGCGGGGACGCGCGCCCCACACUCUGCUGGCGGUGGCCUCUGUCGAUGAAAAAAUGCGGCGGAACCCCCGAGAAAAACACGCCUCCUCCCCGUCGUUCGGCGCCUCCUGGUGGGUCCGGGAUAACGGGGCCGGCAUUUCGGCGGACACGCUAAGACUUUCGGUGGCUUCGAUCGACUCGGUCGAGCUCGAAACGUUGUUGGGUGAGGACGUGCACCUUUUCAACAACUCUGAGAACCUUGGGAACCCGUUCUACUCGCCUGCGGCGGCGGCGACGAACAUGUCGGGCCUGAACGUGAACCAGGCGGAGGUACUCCGGCCCGACGUAGGAAUGGCGGCCCUCAACGGACGGAUCCACCAGAUUUCGGAGCCGCUGCGCGUCCCUGCCCCGGACGUGUUCUCGCUUCUCUCCUCGCACCCGCAGCUUACGGGGUGGGCAGACUGGGUCGAGCUGACGGGCCUGGCCGAGCUCCUUUCAGACCCGACCGCCGGACCUUUCACGGUGUUCGCUCCGGUGGAUUCUGCGCUGGAGCAAGUGGCCGGGCUCAUGACCAUCGCCUCCCACACGGAGAGCCUGACGAAGCUCGUCCGCUUCCACGUGGCUCUUGGGACGGCGACGACGACCACGGCAAGUAGACUAUUCACGCCGUCCCUUGCGAACGCCACCGCCGAGGAACGGUCCGCGCUUUCCGGGGACCGGUUCGUGUCGGGUCCCCGGCUGUGGACGCUGCUCGACCACGAAGAUGAUGGUGAUCACGAAGGGAGCAGCGACCGCGAGCGGGCCAGAAUGCUUUCUGUUCAGAUUGCGGCUGCCGGUGCCGCCACCGAUAACGACGGUGGUAGUGGCGCUUCGGCAGGCGGCGGCGGCGGCGGCGGCGUACGUGUUUUUGUGGGGCCUGACGGCGUAGGGCAACAACACAAGGGGGGCGGUGGUGGUCUGUUUCUUGGGGCUUUCACUGCCGAGGUUGUGCUGCCGGACCUCAACGCUGUGAACGGGGUCGUGCACGGGAUCUCGGGGGUCAUGACCUAUCCGGGCUACGUACGCCCGACAUCGCUGUACAAGAGAUGACCGCCACCAGCGGUGGGUUGGCGCAGGCUCUUUGAUCUGUUUUUCGUGGGGUAGAUGGCACGUCUGAGUUUUUUUAUAGAGGCCCGGGCAUGAUUUGAUUUCAUGUUUCGUGUGUGGUUCACGAAAGGCCGUUGUUCGUCUCGUAGGGCGCUUUGAAUGGCGGGUGAAUGCAUGGCGGAACGGGUAUUAUUCGAAGGGCAUUUUGGUGUGGCAGAUGUCUCUCCCUCGGUGCGCAUGAUUUGCUCUGCAGUCCGUUUUGUUGGUGUUACGUACCGAUCGGUAGUCGUUGGGCGAGCUGCACUUGAAUGGUGCCCGCCCAGUGAUGUUUCGGGGCGGCCGGCGGGAUCUCUUUCGACGGGAGACGUUUUGCAAUCGACACGCCUCCUUUUGUUCCAGGGAUUGUCCGGUAUGACGCGGGCG